AUGCUGGCGGUGCCGCGAGCGAAAAGUCAAGGUACGUUUUGGGUCAAUGUUCGGCAGACACCAACUGAAGGAGGCCAGUGCGACAAACUUCGACCUUCCUGUGGCCGUUGUCGCAAGACUGGGCUGGAAUGCAGUGGCUAUCAGCAAAAUCUGGUGUGGGUUUCAGCUGACCAGAAGACCUAUCGCCACAACGGAAGACGCUCCCUCGAGCCAGGUGAGUCCUACGUUGCCGUUGUGUGCAACGACGUUAAUGGGUCCACCACAGAUCGGACCUGGCAGGAUCACCCUGUUCUAUCAUCUCUGGAGCUCGACGAGUUGAUUCGUACCUGUGAUUUUGACGGCGAGGAUGUGCCAGAUGGAUUGUCAUGUCCGCCCUUCUCGGCCUUUCGCGUUGCACCAGACUCGUCCUGGAUGGUCAAAAGCAUCCUAGACUACGGUGCUUCUUUCGACGUGGAGGAUGUAUCGAGGGCGCUACUGGGAGACGCGAGUCCUUCUCACUCUUGCCUUAGCUUCCCAGGGGGCAGCUUGCCGAGGGAGUUCACAGAGGAUCUGGCUUCCCCCAGCAGCGUCUCUCACAGGCCCACCGUCGAGCCAGAGUCGUCGGUUGAUUUCCUUCAGGUGUCCAUCCCACCACCUAUCCGAGCAGAGAAUAGGCUCAGUCAAUCCGAUGCUCGACUUUUCAAUAUCUAUCUCACUGCGGUCGCACCGACAUUGGUACCCAUUCACGAAGCUCGAAACCCAUAUCUACGAUAUCCGGCCAUCGCUCUUCAUCUCAGCCAUCAGGAGGGUAAAAACUACCUUCUACAUGCACUGAUGGCUCUGGCGGCGUUUUGCCUGGUCCAUAAAGGCGCCGUCGACCGAGACGUCAUGACUGCGCUGGGGACAAGACUCUACUCCUCGGCAAUGGCAGAGCUGCGCGCCUGUAUCCUAGAGGAUUCCGCGGACUAUGUUGGAUUACUAACCACAAUGCUCACAUUCCUACUGCUAGAGUUGUCGCGAGGAAGCUCGAAAGUUUGGAGGUAUCAUUUGCAGGCUGCCUGGAGGUUUCUUCAAUAUCAUCAGAAAGCGAAAUCAUGGGUGAGCUCACCAGAAGCCUGGUACGUAACUCAGAGCUGUCACCUGCUCAAGACGGGCUCUGAGUCCUGUGGCUUUGUUGCAAACGAUGCAAGCGACACGGAUAGCCCCCAGACGAACCAUGUUCGUAGCAUGUUGAGCCAGGAACUAAUGAGCAAUCCCGGCUACGGAUGGACGAUGGGGACUUCGAGCUCGAUUAUGGAGACGAUAGCCAGCAUUAACACCAUUGCAGCUCAGCGUGACCAAGAAAAUGCUGACGACUCGACGAUCACCGUCUCGCUCCGGCUGAAUCAGACCCUCUUGAAGUAUCAACGCGAAGUUCCCCCUGUAGCCCUUCUCCGAACGACAAGCCUCGACCCGGCGAAGCAAGAUCCUCAGUAUCUGCACCUGCAGGCCUUUCAGGCGGCAACCCUGAUAUAUCAUUAUCAAGUCUGUGAUCGACUGUCACCUCGUGAACUGUCGCCUCUUGUAUCUGCGGUGCUCGCCCUUGUGUCGUCCUUUUUCGAGAUUUGUGGAGGCACCUUCGCCGUGUGGCCAGUCUUCGUCGCAGCGGCGGAGGCAUACGAAGAGGCCGACAAAGCCAGCUUCAAGAGCCUGCUGGAGAAUGCGGAAACUGUCGGCAUGAGGAAUAUGUCGAACCAACAAACCCUGCUCGGGCAAAUCUGGAAUGCUCGAGCGGUAAAAGCAGUCAUGACGAACCAAGAAGUUGCCGAUACAUGGGUCGAUUGGAGAGAGGCGAUGCGCAAGCUCGACAUGGACGUCCCGUUUGUAUAA